AUCUAUUGUGCAUCAACUUCCCGCGCAUCUCCAAGGAGACGACCAAAUAUAAACGCCGGAGCGUUUCGAGGGUCCCUCCUGGAUUUCGACAAGCUGUCACAAAUUGUCACGAACGAUUAGCAGUAUCUUGACUGAUCUUGACACAUGGCGACGAGUAACAUAGACGUGAUACUGAGCCAGCUAGGAUGGCAGGAUGGCUUCCGAAUUCCCGUAGCUAACGAAGAGAAUAAACGUCUGGAGGAAGAAGUUGCAAGAAAGACAAAGCGCAAAGUUUCAUUAAAUGUGAAGUUAGAGAGUCUUGAAGACCGGCUGAAGAUGAUCAGGAAGCAUGCCGGUGAUUUGGCCAUACGGAAUGAGUUCAAUCGGAAGCUGCUCUCUGAGCAUUCGGUCCAGCUGGAGACAGAGGAUCACCUGUAUCGAUUGAGCGGCAACACCGAGUCGUCGUUGCGCCAAGAGGCGCGUGAAUUCGAGAAGGAAUGGGCGAACGUGAAUCGCAGGAUAUCAGGCAUAGAGAAGGAUCUGCUCAGAAUGACGAAGAAGCUGGCUGAAGCGAAGCAAAUGGUCCAGUUUGAUGAGGACAGUUUACACAAGUGGGAGAAGAUGCUUGCGCGGAAAGAGAAGGACAAUCAGCUGAUAGAGGAUUACAUGAAGCAGGAUACGCAAAAGUACAAGGAAUUGGAGACAAAACGACAGAAACUCAGCGUAGAACUCGAAACUUAUCGUCAAGCUAUAAUCAAAACUGUCGGUGAGGUGCAAGAGAUGGAGAUCGUUCUGGACCGUACAGCGAAAUUAUACGCAGAGGCAUUGAAAGAACGCAGACAGAUGAUAAAUCAAUGGACGCAAAGUGUUAACGUUCUGCGUCAGAGGGAUAACGAUAUACAAAAUAGUCUGAGAGAAAUCGAAACAUUGCGAGAGAUCAGUAGAGAAAGGAAGAAUAAUCUCGACGAAGUAGAGCAAUUUCUGAAGGAUCAAAUUGUAAACAACAAACAGCUGGAGGAAUCGAUUAAAGUAUCGGAGAGGGAACUUGAGGCAGUUCGAGAGAAACAGCGCAAAAUUACAGAGACAAUCGACAUGUACGAUAUCGAGCUUUAUACCCAGAAGAAGUUAGUGGGCGAUCUGGCACGCCGUAUACAGCAAAUUCGAGCUAAUACGAAGAACAAAAAAAUCGAGAUCGAAAAUAAACGUAUAAAGAUGGAUAAUUGCAAGAAGCGAAUCAAUGAGUUAAUGUUGACUUUGGAGGAGAUCGAAAGUCACAAGUUAAACGUUGCGGAGAGAACGAAACGUUUAGAGAAGAUGAUCGAGCACGACGAGAAACGGAAAUCCGCGAUCAUUAAGGAAGUGAAUCGGUUGCAAGCCGCGAUUUUACGUACGACGAUGAGGGUUGUAGAAUUGGAAAACGAAAGAAGGACCUUGCAGAUGGAAACGCAGGGCGAACAUAAGAAAGUUGGUCUGCUCAACACUUUGCUCGCGAAAGAGAAGAAACUUUUGGGGGAGAAGAAGGAAACUCUUUAUCAUGUGGACUUCAAUUUGCAAAAGUGUGAGAUGAAACUCGAACGGAUUAGAGGAUACGAUCGUGACAAGAGUGAAAUCGAGAAGAAGCAAGCGAGAAUCGAGGAACUGCAGACUGUACUGAAAGAGAAAACAGCCACGUCUAAACUGCUGCAAAAUCAGAUUGUCAGUUUAGAACACGAUAUGAGAAAAGUCUCUAAUUCCUUGUCGAGCGAAAAUGACGAACUCGAACGGCUACGGAGCAAAAAGCAGGACUUACUAUUGCUGUUAGACGGAGGCGAGAAGCGAUUGAAAAUCGCUCAGUCCCGAAGCGAGGAGCGACAGGUGGAAGAAAGUAUAAUGCGCCUCCGGGUGUCACAACUCGAACGAAUGACGUCAAACGUGAGCGACAAGGUCUACGAUCUGGAAAAGUAUCGUCUUCAUCUCGAAGCUGCGCUUAAGGAACGCGCGGCAGAGAUCGCGGCGCAGAAAGAGGCGCUCGCCGUGCAGAAGAGGAUCGCAAGUAGCGAAUGUUCCGAGCUGCGCGUCGCUAUCACCGAGAGGAAGAGCAGGAUACGGCAAUUGCAGGCGCGGUAUGACGGCGGCGUCGCGACGCUUGGCGCCACUCCGGAUGGCGCACCGAUGAGCACCGCGUAUUUGAAGAUACAAAAUGCUCAAGAGCGGUAUAUGCUUCAAGAGCAAGGCGACAAGCUCGACGAGGCUAUCAGACGAACCGAGCAGGAGAUACGCAGUAUGGAGAACACGCUGCGAGUGGUGAACGUAUGUAAUGACAAAUACAGGGACAGCAUGAGCGCGAUUGAUCAGGACGGGCCUGAAUGGACGGAACAAAGGCAACUCGAUGAACAGAUGCACGACGCGCGGCAGAAGCUGCUGCAGAAGGAAACGCAGCUGCAAGAAUUGUUCGAUAAACUACAGAAAGCACAAGAUGAUUAUACUCAAUUGUUGGAUGAUAUUGAGAAAGCAAAGGAAGAGAAGGAAAACAAACAGCGUUAUUUAUCGGGUAUCGAGAAGCAGACAACAGAGCAGGAAGAGAAGAUAAGCAGGGCCGACAAGAGCCUUCGUAAGGUGCAAAAGGAUAUACAAAAUUUAUAUAUUUCUAAAAGAGAUGAUAUUGUAAUCCUGCAACAGAGAGAAGUGGAAUUGCGAGAGCUCCAAGAGCAGAACGCACUGGUUCUUCAAGAUAUCGCGGAAUUCACGAUUCGUCAUGUGGAAGCUGAAGCGUAUGUUAAGAAGUUGCUAUUGGCCAAAAACAUUGAAUUACCGUCUUUCCUACCAUCGGUCAGAUCGCCUAUCAGUCCCGGCGGCAAUUCUGCAGGCUCGAUAGACCAACCUUUGAAGAGCACAAGUCGCAUGAGCGCUUUCACAUCAUCGAGAGAAAGUAUCGGCAGCGUAAUUAAGAUAGAGCCGCAAUUCGAAUCAGCAAAUAACGCGCCAAGAAAAACUGCAAAGCGCAACCCUGCGUCGAGAGAAUCCCUCACUUUAUCGAAACAAUCCACACAGGAAAAACAAUUACGGAAAAAAUCGUGAUGAUAAUUCUGAUGAUGUAAUGAUUAGGAUUAGCCAAUUAGCGGAUUUCAUUUAUUUUGAUUUAUGUAAUUCAUAGCAUAAUCUUUUUUUAUUCCAUCUAUAUAUAAUAAAAAAAAUCGACAUGUGCGAUAAUGUAUGAUUAUCAUAACAAGUAAAUAUGUAUUAUCGCAAAUAUAUUUGUAUAAAGGCACGUACACACAAAGUUCUCGAGGAUCAACUCGGAGUACUGUACAUUUUUCUUUACUAAGAAUAACGUAGAAUUGUGUGAGUCUGCAAGCAUUUCAUUGGAGUCGCAAAUAUCAUCGUAUUUUGGAAA